AUGUGCAUGAACAUGGGUCGUUGGGAAAUCCAAGGAUUGGUUAGCUGGGGUAUCGGAUGUGGUCGACCGGGACGACCUGGUGUAUACUCGAAAGUCUAUGCAGCCCUACCGUGGAUUCAAUCAGAGAUGAACAGGUUGCGUGAAUAA